AUGAUUCAGAACCAGUUCAUCUAUCUCGCGCGGUCUUACACAAACGCGUCCAUCGGAUUCCGCUUGGUGGGCGUCACAAGAGCAACGAACGAUACCUGGGCGAGUAACGGCGACGACCUGGGCAUGAAGCGGGCGCUUCGACAGGGGACGUACUCCAGUCUAAAUAUCUACUAUCAAUCUCUCUUACAGGCUGGCAGUAAUACCCCUGGGGUGCCCGCCGGCAGCACGCUACUUGGUUUCUGCUCCUUGCCAGCGGGCGGCGUUACUUCAACGACACCGCGGAACGAGUACGUCGUCGAUGGAUGUAAUGUCCUGAGUGGGACAAUGCCUGGGGGGGAUAUGCAGGGGUACAACCUGGGAGGCACGACGGCGCAUGAGGUGGGCCACUGGAACGGGCUGCUGCAUACCUUUAAUGGCAAUAGUUGUGAUGCUGGAAAUUGGGGGGAUUACGUGGCGGACACGCCGCAAGAGAUGACCAGCACGAGCGGCUGUCCAGUCUACAAAGACUCCUGCCCCAAUUCCGGCGUCUCGUCCACCGCUUAUACCGGGCUGGCCGGUCAAGGCGCGAACCCUUACGGAGCCCAGGGAUUUUCAGGAGUCGAUCCGAUACACAAUUUUAUGGACUACUCGAGCGACGCUUGUUAUACGGGCUUUACCCAGGGCCAGGGGGCGAGGAUGCUCAACGUGUGGAACAUCUAUCGCGCCGGGCUGUGA